GGUUGGCGCUUACGGUCAAUGGCACGCGACUAUGGAUGUAGUUAUAAGAGUCCUCGCGUGCCGCCUUUCAAACUGAACCAACUCUUGAGCAUCAAGAGGAAAGAUCGAAUAGUCGGCGAUUGUUGUUACUGGGCAACACCAACACAGCACAAAAAAAUGGACUCCGUGUUGGAUCCAUUCACAGGCUUGGACUCCUUCUCCUCCCCUUAUUUCAACGACGAUGACUUCUUCACUGACCACUCGUCGAGGGACCACUUGGACACAGACGACUUUUUGGAUGAGGACGUCGAUUUCCUCACCAAUCAAAUCCAAGAAUAUUAUAAGGACAGCCGGAUAUCACAGGACGGAGAUUAUUGUGACGUUGGCAACUUCUCUUUUUCCUCGUCGUCUUCGACUUUCUCGUACGGAUGCGCUGACAGCACCUCGGAGCUGUCCCCUCACAGAGACGGUCCCUUGCUGAAGAGGCGGAGACGCAUGAGAUCCGAAGCGGAGAUGCAACAGUUACGUCAAGCUGCCAACGUCCGGGAGCGACGGAGGAUGCAGUCCAUUAACGAUGCUUUCGAGGGACUGCGAUCUCACAUUCCUACUCUACCAUACGAGAAGAGACUUUCGAAAGUUGACACUUUACGUCUGGCAAUCGGCUACAUUAACUUCCUUGCAGAACUUGUGCAGUCCGACAUGCCGAUCCGGAACCCACACAGUGAUACUUUAAACCAACCUAAAAAAGUCAUCAUUUGCCACAGAGGAACAAGAUCCCCAUCUCCAAAUGACCCAGACUACGGUUUGCCUCCUCUCGCCGGACACUCUCUGUCAUGGACUGACGAGAAGCAGUUAAAAGAUCAGAACAUCAUUAGGACAGCAAAAGUUUGGACCCCAGAGGACCCACGAAAGUUGCACUUAAAAUCAUCCAUCAACAACAUCGAGAAUGAACCCCCCUUUAACUUUAUUUGCUAAGGCAGUGCCAUUAUUAUUCUGUAUACACAUUGUGUACAACUGAAUUGUAUGGAUAUAUCCAUGUUUUGUUUAUUUGUAAUGUAUUAUUGUUACUAUCUGUGUUUCAGCUUUUUAGUCUGAAUUGAAGAUAAGGCCACUGGCAAUCAUUUUGUGUCGUAUUUAAUUGUUUAAUUGUGCUGUAAUAUAUUUUUCUAAUUUAAUAUGGAUUGUAUGUCAAAUAAAACCUAUUUUUACACAAACAAAACACGAAAAUCGUCUAUAUUUAUACUGAUAUGAUGACUCAAUACAUUUGUCUAAUAUUUCACUCUCAUGUGUCCGAAUCUUUCAAUGUACCCACAACAGGCCUAUAUAAAACAAUUCCUAGGACCGAUAUGGAGAUUACUAUUGUAAUCUAUUGUUUGAGUUUCCUCAAAGCUCAACAAUAGUUUAAAAUAUCAAAAUGAUCCAAAAUUAAAUUAAAUUAGGCAAACAAGC